GUCCAACAAGUCACCGCUCUGUGGCAACCGGCAAGAACUACAAAACCAGUCCCUUCUGUGCGAGGCCUCGCUAGAGUCGAGGCUGAAAAUGGAGGAAGCGGGAGAAUCAGCAGAAAUGAAUGCGAGACAAGCUGAAGAAGAACCAAAGCCUUCUCUAUUCCCUCUUUUCCCUCUCUCAGAAGCCUCUCUACAGAGCAGUUCCAAGGACCCUCAUUGGCUUUACAACCCCAGCUUCACCACAGACCUCUCCGUUGUCCAGGAAUCUCUUGCUUCACGCGAUAACAUAACUUCUCAAGAACGAGAAGAAGAGGAAGAAGACUCCGAGACAAUCUCCCUGGCGAAACCACAGCCUUCUUACGAUUUGUUGGGAUCUUCUGCAUCUGAUGAAGUUCGAGAUACUGAGUCCAGGCGCGAAAGGAGGGGAGAGAAGAAGAAGAAGAAGAAGCGCAAAAGGAGGAGAUCGAGAGACCCGGCGGCGGACGAUUAUUCUUCCAGGAAAUCGGCUGUCCAUGCUUGGGCGGGUUCUGAUACCAAACCUGCCAAGGAUUAUUACUUCGAUUCUCGCGGUGACCGUGAUAAUUUGGCAUUUGGAAGUCUCUACAGAAUGGACGUUGCACGUUACAAGCUUCAUAACUCUUCAAAAUUAUCUGGGGCUCAUACUAAAGCUUUGUACCGGUGGAAAAAUUGGGAUUUGUUAGUAGGUGGAGAUGAAGAUAUUGAUGCAUUGGACAGUAAGUUAAGGUCCGGAGGGCGGUAUUGGUCUACAAAAUUCUCAGCUAUAGAACGCCACAAGGACUUUAAGCGUGUUCAAAUCAUUGCCCUUGACGAGUCAUUGAUAGUUCCUGGAGAAUUUAUUCCUUUGCUUGAAACUUCUUGUGAAAGUGGCGAUGGUAGAUCGCCAUCAAAGAUUGAGGUGAUUGAAGAGUCAUGGGACGAUGAAGUAUUACGAAAAACAAGGGAGUUCAAUAAGAUGUCAAGGGAAUGUCCUCACGAUGAAAGGGUUUGGUUAUCCUUUGCAGAAUUUCAGGAUAAGAUAGCAAGCAGGCAGCCACAAAAAGCUGCUCGUUUACAGACGCUUGAGAAGAAGAUAAGUAUACUGGAGAAGGCUACUGAACUUAAUCCGGAUAAUGAAGAACUAUUGCUUAGUCUUCUGAAGGCUUAUCAGAGAAGAGACAGCGCGGAAAUCCUCGUUGAAAGAUGGCAGGAGAUACUUAUGCGGCAUCCUGGGAGUUGCAAGCUGUGGAAAGGGUUUCUGCAUGUAAUUGGAAGCGAUUUCUCCAGAUUUAAGGUUUCUGACACGAGAAGGAUGUACGCUAAUGCCAUCCAGGCUCUAUCUACCACAUGUGCCAAGCUGUGUAGGCAGGUCCAUCAAACUGUUAAACCUCUGUCGGUUGAUUCUUCUGUUGUUCAACUAGAACAUGGUCUAGUUGACAUAUUUGUCAGCCUUUGUAGGUUUGAAUGGCAGGCGGGCUACCAAGAAUUAGCAACUGCAUUAUUUCAAGCUGAAAUUGAGUACAGCUUGUUUUGUCCUUCUUUACUUCUCACAGAACAAAGUAAACAAAGACUAUUUGAACACUUCUGGAACAGUGAAGGUGCAAGGGUUGGAGAAGAAGGUGCCCUUGGGUGGUCUACUUGGCUGGAAAAAGAGGAGGAAAAUAGACAGAAAAUUAUUGCUGAGGAGUCGGCUCAAGAAAAUGAAGAAGGUGGUUGGACAGGUUGGUCAGAACCACUAUCAAAAAUUAAUGUGACUAGUAAAGAUUCAGAUGAUUUUGUAGAAGAUGCUGUGGGUGUUAAUGAUGCUGGAGAGGAAUUUGAGACAGAAGAUGUCAAGCAGGAAGAUGAUAUUGAAGAUUUGCUAAAGAAGCUAGGAAUUGAUGUUGAUAAUGGAGCUGAGGGCGAGAUUAAAGAUGCAGCUACCUGGACUAGAUGGUCAGAAGAAGAACUAUCAAGAGAUUCUGAGCAAUGGAUGCCUGUGCGUGAAAAAUAUGGGGCUUCACGUACAAAUGACACACCAGAUAGAGAAGGUGAUGAACAACUUUUGAGAGUAAUUUUAUUUGAGGAUCUCAGUGAGUACAUAUUUUCCUUGUCCUCAGAAGAGGCUCGUUUCUCCCUUGUAGCCCAGUUCAUCGAUUUCUAUGGUGGCAAGAUUUCUUCAUGGACAUCCACAAACAGUUCAAGCUGGAUUGAAAACAACAUUAGCUUAGAGGCAUUGCCGGAUUCAGUUUUAGAAGAUUUGAGAAAAAUUCAUGAAGUUGUAAAUAGAAGUGAUUACAGUUCAAGCAAUUUCAAUUUGGAGUUUCUCCUAGGCAGCUCUACUGAUGUAUCUAGAAGGACUAGUAUGAUGAAGUUUCUUCGGAAUGCAAUCUUACUUUGUUUAACUGCUUUUCCACGUAAUCAUAUCAUGGAAGAAGCUGCUCUUGCUGCUGAAGAACUGUUUAUGACUAGAAUGAACUCUUGUACCUGCCCCGUGACUCCGUCCCGGGCUUUAGCGAGGACCCUAUUGAAAAAUGAUCGGCAGGAUAUAUUACUUUGUGGAGUUUAUGCACGAAGUGAGGCUGCUUUUGGGAAUAUUGAUAUCGCUAGGAAGGUAUUUGACAUGGCGUUGGGUUCUCUUGAAGGACUUCAGUUGGAACUUCAGUCAAAUGCACCGCUUUUGUACUUUUGGUAUGCUGAAGUGGAGCUUGCCAAUUGUCCGGGAAGUAGUUUGGAAUCAUCCUCACCACGUGCAGUACACAUUCUAUCGUGCUUAGGAAGCGGUGUGAAAUAUAGUCCAUUUAAAGAUCAAACAUCAAGUCUACAACUGCUUAGAGCUCAGCAAGGAUUUAAAGAACGAAUUAGAGCACUACGGUCAGAAUGGGCGCGAGGGGAUAUAAAAGAUCAUGCAGUUGCCCUAAUCUGUUCUGCUGCUUUAUUUGAUGAUUUGACUUCAGGAUGGGCUGCCGGGAUUAAAGUUCUAGAAGAGGCAUUUUCUAUGGUGCUUCCAGAAAGAAGAAACCAGAGUUCCCAACUUGAAUCUUUGUUCAACUAUUACAUCAGGAUGCUUCAGAAACAUCAUAAGCAAUUGAAAUUCUCAACAAUAACGGAGUCCAUUCUACAAGGCUUGCAAAUUUAUCCAUAUAAUCCAAAGCUUUUUACCGCUUUCAUGGAAAUCAGCUAUCUAUAUACAGUACCCAAUAAACUCCGAUGGAUAUUUGAUGACUUUUGUCACAAGAAACCAUCUGUUAUUGUUUGGCUGUUCGCAUUGGCUUUUGAGAUGGGUAGAGGAGGUUCCCAACAUAGAAUUCAUGGUUUGUUCGAAAGGGCAUUAUCAAAUGAUAUGUUGCACAAUUCGGUAAUACUCUGGAGGUUCUACAUUGCUUAUGAGAUGGAUUUAGCAUCCAAUCCCUCUGCGGCCAAACGAAUUUUCUUUAGAGCAAUUCAUGCUUGUCCAUGGUCAAAAAAACUUUGGCUUGAUGGUUUUCUCAAAUUGAACUUCAUUUUAACUGCAAAAGAGCUGUCAGAUCUGCAAGAAGUUAUGCGUGAUAAGGAACUGCACCUGAGGACAGACAUAUAUGAGAUUCUUUUACAAGAUGAGAUCAAGUCAUGAACACCAUCAUGUUUGUCUUGUAAGAAUGACUAUCUGAUUUCCCUUGUACUUUUCUAUCAUUUCCCUGUAAUCUAUGUACCCUUAUGUUUUAGUGUAGGUUUCACCCAUCUAUCGUUUUGGUAAUAAUGCAUAAAUUAUAGUUUCCA